AUAAAAGAGGGGACUCUUGGAGACCUUGCCGGACAGCAGGAGCAAGAAAGAGCAGGAGCUGUCCAGCGCUGAGAAACACGAAAGGAGACCAUGGCUAAGGAGUGGGGCUACGCCAGCCACAAUGGUCCUGAUCACUGGCAUGAACUUUAUCCAAUUGCCAAAGGGGACAACCAGUCACCCAUUGAACUGCAUACUAAAGACAUCAAACAUGACCCCUCUCUGCAGCCCUGGUCAGCAUCUUAUGAUCCUGGCUCUGCUAAGACCAUCCUGAACAAUGGGAAGACCUGCAGAGUUGUGUUUGAUGAUACCUAUGACAGGUCUAUGCUGAGGGGUGGUCCUCUCUCUGGACCCUACCGACUUCGCCAAUUCCAUCUUCACUGGGGCUCCUCUGAUGACCACGGCUCUGAGCACACCGUGGACGGAGUGAAAUAUGCUGCUGAGCUUCACCUGGUUCACUGGAAUCCAAAGUACAACACCUUCGGAGAGGCGCUGAAGCAGCCUGAUGGAAUUGCUGUGGUUGGCAUUUUUCUGAAGAUAGGACGGGAGAAAGGCGAGUUUCAGAUUCUUCUUGAUGCCCUGGACAAAAUUAAGACUAAGGGCAAGGAGGCUCCUUUUACACACUUCGACCCAUCGUGCCUGUUCCCUGCUUGCCGGGACUAUUGGACCUACCACGGUUCCUUCACCACGCCGCCCUGCGAGGAGUGCAUUGUGUGGCUGCUGCUCAAGGAGCCCAUGACUGUGAGCUCAGACCAGAUGGCCAAGCUGCGAAGCCUGUUCGCCAGCGCAGAGAAUGAGCCCCCGGUGCCUCUGGUGGGGAAUUGGCGCCCUCCUCAGCCGGUCAAGGGCAGGGUGGUGAGGGCCUCCUUCAAGUAAGGCUCUGGGCUUGCCCUCUUCGGGCAAGAAAUUCUGCCCGUGAAGAGCCCGCUUGCCUCCUCCUGGUGCUCUCUGCUCCGAGCUAUCCUAUAACACCUAGACGAAGAGAAGGAGGCACAUGAAACCGCAGUGCCUUUUGACAUGAUCUAACCCAGUAACAUGAAUUUCACACCUAACAUUCUUAAUAGCCACCUUUUCUUUUAAAAAAUUAUUAUUUCUAGUAUGAAUUCUGUGAAGAAGAAAUAGAUGAAAAGAUAAUGCUAGAGAACAGUGGCUCACUGAGCAUAUCACACUUCUCAGAAUCUCAGCGCUCCUGUUUUCAGGCUGAGUUAUGGACACUACAGAAGUGAUGGGCCCAUGCUAUGUAUGUGGGUAUAGAGGAGUUUGCCGACCUAACCACACUUAAGUGAAAGCACAAAUUCACAUCAUUGUAGAUCUCAAAAACUGCAUUCAUAAUGCGUUUUACCUCAAAUACUACCAGCGAUACUCCAUCACUUGUUAGAAAGUUGCCUACUACCAAGUUUGCCUGGUUUUAAUUACCUAUAAAACACACACCCAUAAGGCCAGGUGUUUUAAAAUGUUUGAUCCAGCAUUUAAAUUUCUUCUUCAUAAAGAUGAUUUUCUUUGCCCAAAGUAGGGCCAUUUAUUUUUUAUUUCACUACUUUAAUCUUUGCAUGCCUAUUAAAAACAAAACAAGACAAAAAACAAAACAAAACAAAACAAAAAAAACCAACUGUGACUGGUGUCUUUUGAGUUGGAGGCUGGAAUGACUGGUUCCUGGGACAGGAAGGAGGGAAUGUCAACACUGAAGCCAAGAGCUUGCGUUGAUCACAGAAACAAUAAAGACAGAAUGCAAAUGAAAA